CCGAUUUGCUUCUCCUUGUCCUUGUGUGAACUCAACUGGCGCCGCGACCAACGUUAGCUUCUGUGUGUGGCCGUGGAGGGGCGCGCGCCAUGACGACCGCCACUGCCAUCGUCGCCGGCCACGGCAUCGCCUUCCGCCGGAGCCUCCACCUGCCCAACCCGCCGGGGAAGCCCUCCUUCUCCGUCGCGCGGCCCCACGCGCACAAUCGCCUCUUAGUCCCGGCCACGCCGUCGCCGAGGCCGUGCCGGUCCAUCUCCUCGGAGAGCCCCACGGCCGCCGAGGCGGACACCGCGGAGGAGCCAGCCGAGGAGAACGAGGAGGAUGAUGUGGACCCGCUGGCGGAGGUGUGCUACCUGGACCCGGACGCGGACGCGGAGGGGAUCCGGGAGUGGGAGGUGGACUUCUGCUCGCGGCCCAUCCUGGACGCCAGGGGCAAGAAGGUGUGGGAGCUGGUGGUGUGCGACGCGACGCUGUCGCUCCAGUUCACCCGCUUCUUCCCCAACACCUCCAUCAACAGCGUGACGCUCCGGGACGCGCUCGCCUCCGUGGCCUCCUCCCUCGGCGUGCCGCUCCCGGACCGCGCGCGCUUCUUCCGGUCGCAGAUGCAGACCAUCAUCUCCCGCGCCUGCAACGACCUCGGGGUCAAGGCCGUGCCCAGCCGCCGCUGCGUCUCCCUGCUGCUCUGGCUGGAGGAGCGCUACGAGACCGUCUACAGCCGCCACCCCGGCUUCCAGAAGGGCACCAAGCCGCUGCUCACGCUCGACAACCCCUUCGCCACCAACCUGCCCGACAACCUCUUCGGCGACAAGUGGGCAUUCGUGCAGCUCCCCUUCGACGAUGUGAGGGAGGAGGUGGAGUUGCUGGAGAGGAGGUACGCGUUCGGGGCGGGGCUCGAUUUGGACCUCUUGGGGUUCGAGCUCGAUGAAACCACGCUAGUCCCUGGGGUUGCCGUAGAAUCUUCGCGCGCCAAGCCUCUGGCGGCUUGGAUGAAUGGGUUAGAGAUUUGUUCAAUGGAGGUUGACACCGGCAGAGCGAACCUGAUCCUGUCAGCCGGGGUUUCUACCAGAUACGUCUACGCCGGCUACCAGAAGAGCGCCGCGACGACGCAGGAGGCAGAAGCGUGGGAGGCGGCCAAGAAGGCCUGCGGCGGCCUGCACUUCCUGGCCAUCCAAGAGAACCUCAACUCCGAUAGUUGCGUGGGUUUCUGGCUCCUGCUGGACCUGCCGCCACCGCCUGUAUGAUCUGGGUAGCGCGUGUGUUGUGACUUCCACUGAAAUCACUGUAGUAUGUGUAGUGCCAAUCAGAUUUUGCAGUACAAGGUGAUUUCAUUUUAGCUCGUUGAUUACUGCACAGAGGUGUACUUUAUGGAAAGAAAGGAGAGGAAAGGUCAUACUUUAA